AUGGAUCCUUAUACUAUGCUUCCUGGCCUAGCCGACGGGCCAAUUAAGCCGAUCACCUGUGUGGAGAUGCACACAGCCGGCGAACCGACCCGAAUCCUCUGGUCCGGCUUUCCAGAGUUGACAGGGACAUUGCUUGAACAGCGCGCACAAGCAAAGGAAAAGCACGACGACUUCCGCAAGCUUUUGAUGUUAGAGCCUCGCGGCCACUAUGACAUGUAUGGCGCUAUUCUCCGCUCCGAGACAGAGUUAGUGGCGACAGGCGAAGCAGACAUCGGCGUGUUGUUCAUUCACAACGAGGGAUUCUCAACAAUGUGUGGACAUGCUACUAUCGCAUUGGGCCGAUUCUUGGUUGAUGUUGAUGAGUCCAUCUUCCCGCGCCGGCAGCAGUUGAAAUACGACAGCGUCUCUGGUACAACUCGUCUGAACUUGCAUGUGCCUUGUGGAAUUGUCGAGGUUUCUGUUCCUACUUUGCCAACGGGCAAGUCAGAUCCUUCCCGUUCUGUCUCUUUUGUAUCAGUCCCGUCCUUUGCAACUGCUAUCUCGUUGCAGGUGCUUCUGCCAGAAAGAUAUCGCUGGCCGGAGCUCGGGAAUCGCACCUCGGUGACGGCGGACUUUGCUUACGGCGGGGCCUUUUAUUGUCUGAUUAGCGCAGAAGAGCUAGGAUUUCCCGGAGGAUUGGGCGAAGCCGAGGUGCAGAAGAUGGAUCAAGCCACGAAGCUUCUCAAGGAGGCUAUUGUAACCAACCCGGAGCUGGCAUUUGUGACCAAAGACGUCGUAACCGGAGAGCAAGGAUACCUGUACAGUAUCAUGAUCACGGAUACAUCAUUGGGGCAUGUUGCGGUAGCAGAGGGAACCGCAGGAUUCAAAACACAACAGGGUGUUGACAGCGAGGAGAGCGGCCUCUGCUUCUUCGCCAAUCAGCAAAUUGAUCGGUCUCCAACUGGAGGAUGUGUGGCUGCCCGAGUAGCUCUCGCUCAUGCCAAAGGCGCCCUGGUCGGUGGUGAGAAACGAGUGUAUAAUUCCCUUUUCACUCGCGCUUAUCCGGCUCUUUCGGGAUUCGUCGGGUCGGUGUUUGAGAGCGUUGAAGGCCGGCAAUGGGUGCGAGUUCAAGUCGCCGGUUACGCAUAUUAUACCGGAUAUCACUGCUUCGUGGUCGAGAAAGAGGACGGCAUUGGCAUUGACGGAUUUUCGGUGAAAGACGUGUCGAAGUAUUAG